AUGGCGACGAGAAGGACGUUGCUGCUUUGCGUCAACGACAUCAGAGCUACUUCCUGUUCUAACAUCACUACUUCGCUCAAACAUAGACCGAUUAUCCGCCAAUCACAUGUCGGACCUUGGACGUCAAGACCGGCUGGUGCUCGACUUUUCACAACUUCACGGUCACGAUGGCAAGAUGUAGCUGCCCGGCAAGCCGAAGACGAUCAGCCUGUCAUUGAUAGGACGAGAUCAAAAAUCUUCAAAGAUGCCGAUGAGGCUGUAGCAGACUUGAAGUCUGGAUCCGUCGUCUUCAGUGCCGGAUUUGGCCUGUGUGGAACGGCGGAAACGAUAAUCACAGCAAUGCACAAGCGAGGAGUCGACUCGUUGAACAAUCUUACUGCUGUCUCGAACAAUGCCGGAGCUGCAGGAGCUGGCGGUCUUUCGCCGCUGACCAAGUCAGGCCAGAUAACACGCUGCAUCCUAUCAUACCUGGGGAACAACAAGAAGCUCGAGCAGAAGUACCUGACCGGCCAAAUUGCGAUUGAACUGUGUCCUCAAGGAACGUUAGCAGAGCGGAUCCGUGCCGGUGGAGCUGGCAUUCCUGCGUUCUACACUCCGACCGGUGUCCAUACCUUUAUCCAGACAGGAGAGAUCCCUACACGGCUGGGGCCGGCUGACCCCGAAACCAAGAAGGCUGUGGUCCUGGAAGCGGGCAAAGCUCGAGAGACGAGAAUCUUCAAUGGGAGAACCUACGUUAUGGAGACAGCCCUGACGGCAGACGUUGCGAUUAUUCGCGCCUGGAAAGUCGAUGAGGCUGGCAACUGCCAAUUCAGAUAUACGACCAAGGCAUUCGGAUCAAUCAUGGCAAAGGCCGCUCGUUUGACCAUUGUCGAAGCCGAGAACAUUGUUCCAAUCGGCUCACUCGACCCCAACGACAUCCAUCUUCCGGGCAUUUACGUCGACCGCAUCGUGCCAGCGACGGUCGACAAGGUGCUCGAGAUCAAAAAGACCAGACCAAGCGGCAACGACAGCGGCUACGAGUCCGAAGCGUCGGCUUCUUCCGCGUCCAGCGACACAAAAUCAGAAGCCCUCGUUCGACGAGACCGCAUUGCCCGCCGUGCGGCCAAGGAACUCAAGCACGGAAUGUACGUCAACCUGGGCGUCGGCAUGCCAACCCUCGCACCCUCGUUCCUCCCGUCGGAUGUCAAGGUCUGGAUCCAAUCCGAGAACGGCAUCCUGGGCAUGGGCGCGUACCCGACCGAGGAAGAAGUCGACCCUGACAUCAUCAACGCCGGCAAGGAGACCGUCACCCUCGUCCCCGGCGCUUCGACGUUCGACAGCUCCGAGUCGUUCGGCAUGAUCCGCGGCGGCCACGUCGACGUCUCCAUCCUGGGCGCGUUGCAGGUCAGUGCCGCGGGUGAUCUCGCCAACUACAUGAUCCCCGGGAAAGUGUUCAAGGGCAUGGGCGGCGCGAUGGAUCUGGUCUCGAACCCGGACAAGACCAAGAUCGUCGUCACCACGGACCACGUCGACAAGUACGGCAAGAGCAAAAUCGUCGAGCAAUGCUCCUUGCCCUUGACCGGGGCGCGUGUCGUGAGCACCAUUAUUACCGAUCUUUGCGUUUUUGAAGUCGACAGGUCCAAGGGCACGCUUACGCUGACGGAACUCGCUCCCGGCGUGACGGUUGAAGAGGUCAAGGAGAAGACGGACGCUAAUUUUGCGGUUGCUGAGACCUUGGGCAAGAUGGAGUAG